UGCAAAGCAGUCGAAUAUUACGUGUUUGUCCAAUUCGUGAGUUAAGUAACCAAAAUGCGGGGCUUAUCAGCGUUUCUGCUUUUGCUCUGCCUCCAACGGGUGAAGUCGGACGAAUCUGCUGCAGCACGGCGUCCCAACAUAAUCAUCAUUAUGGCCGACGACAUGGGCUUCGAUGAUGUGAGCUUUCGAGGCGGCCGGGAGUUUCUAACCCCCAAUAUCGAUGCCUUAGCCUAUCACGGUCGUCUACUGGACCGCCUCUACGCCCCGGCGAUGUGCACUCCAUCGCGGGGAGCACUGCUCAGCGGCCGGUACCCAAUACACACGGGCACCCAGCACUUUGUAAUCAGCAACGAAGAGCCGUGGGCCCUAACCCUCAAUGCCACAUUGAUGCCGGAGAUCUUCAAGGAAGCUGGUUACUCCACGAACCUGGUGGGAAAAUGGCAUCUGGGCUUCUCCCGCCCGGAAUAUACGCCCACUCGGCGGGGAUUUGACUAUCACUUCGGCUAUUGGGGCGCUUAUAUAGACUACUUCCAGAGACGAUCCAAGAUGCCAGUGGCCAACUAUAGUAUGGGCUACGAUUUCCGGCGGAACAUGGAGCUGGAGUGCCGGGAUCGUGGGGUUUAUGUAACUGAUUUGCUUACCGCCGAGGCGGAACGUUUGAUUAAAGACCAUGCUAGUAAGGAGCAACCCCUUUUCCUUAUGCUUAGCCACCUGGCUGCCCACACGGCCAACGAGGAUGAUCCUCUGCAAGCUCCCGAGGAGGAGAUACAAAAGUUUUCCUAUAUUAAGGAUCCCAACCGAAGGAAAUAUGCAGCAAUGAUCUCCAAACUGGACCAGAGCGUGGGACGUAUAAUGAGCUCACUGGCCGCCACGGAUCAAUUGGAGAACAGCAUUGUGAUCUUCUACUCGGACAAUGGAGCCCCAUCGGUGGGUAUGUUCGCGAAUACGGGCUCCAAUUUCCCACUCCGUGGGCAGAAGAAUACACCGUGGGAGGGCGGAGUACGGGUGGCUGGUGCGAUUUGGAGCCCCAAGCUUCAAGCACGCGGCUCCAUCUUCAGCCAGCCCUUAUAUGUGGCCGACUGGUUGCCAACACUUUGCCGUGCUGCAGGCAUAAAGCUGGAUAGCUCUCUGAAACUGGACGGAAUCGAUUUGUGGCCCGAGCUAUCCGGAUCCGCAGAUGCUCCCCACGUUCCUCGAGAGAUUCUGCACAUCUUGGACGACGUUUGGCGCCUGGCUGCUCUCCAAUUGGGACAGUGGAAGUAUGUGAAUGGCAGCACUGGCGCCGGCCGAUACGACUCGGUGCUCACCUACCGGGAACUGGACGACCUGGAUCCCCGCGAGAGUCGCUAUGCGGUGACGGUGCGCAAUUCCGCCACCUCAAGGGCCCUUUCUCGUUACGAUUUGCGUCGGCUGACGCAACAACGGAUUUCUAUCAUCCGUCGAUUGGCUGCUGUGCGUUGUGGAGACCUCCAAAGGUCGUGUAAUCCUCUGUUGGAGGAGUGCUUGUACGACAUCUCAACGGAUCCCUGUGAGCAGAACAAUCUAGUUUACUCCGAGAGGCACUCCGAUGUUUUGGCCGCCCUACGAAGACGUGUUCAAGAACUAAGAGCCAGUGCAUCCCGCCCGGGAAAUCGAGCCAGCAUGCCGGAGGCAGAUCCCACAUUGCACACCUGCGCCUGGGAGUCCUUUGAAGUGUUGAAGCCGAAAAUCGUUCCUUUGGAAUGCGACUACGAAGGCGUACCUUGUUAAUAAGCCAAAAAUAAAGAAUUAGGUAAAAGAGCAAGAAAUGAUUGUAAGUCUGGAAGCAGAUAAUGAUGCAAAAACAUAUUUCGUUUAAGUUUUUUUAGUAUACUUGUAAUAAAUGA